AUGGCAUCAUCCUUGGAUUUAUUGGGACGGUAUGUGAAUUGCAGUGAGUCCAGGGUGCCAGGUAUUCUGAGGCAAUAUACUGUGAUGAGUGUCUGUGCCUUAAAGGGGUCAUCAGUGGACAUGCGCUGUCCUGUUCCCAGUGUGACCCAAGUCACAGAGAUGGUCUGGUAUAACAAACGGUUGAAUGGUAAGCCUUAUGAUCUGAGAUGGGACCCUAAUUAUGAAGGUCGUGUGGAGUACCGUGGAACUACAGAGAAGGACUGCAUCCUGAGAAUCACAGACCUGAGAGAGAGUGACGUAGCAACAUAUUACUUCAGAUAUAAAACAAACCAGUAUUCAGAAUGGAAAUAUUCAUAUGGAUUCCCUCUCAGUCUCACAGAUCUAAAGGUGGAGAGGAUAUAUGACAACAAACUGACCUGUAACACCACCUGUACUCUGACUGGUAACCCCACCUACAUCUGGUACAAGAACAGACAACAUCUAGAUGAGAGAACCUCCCCCCAGUACAAAGACCCAGUCUCCAGUAACUAUGUAGACAGCUACUCCUGUGCUGUAAAAGGCCAUGAGGAUCUCCGCUCUCCUGCAGUGUAUGGCCCAAAGAACACCUCAGUGUCAGCCAGUCCCUCUGGUGAAAUAGUGGAGGGCAGUUCAGUGACUCUGACCUGCAGCAGUGAUGCCAACCCACCUGUGGACAAAUACACCUGGUACAAGAAGAACGUAGCCUCACCAAAAGCAUCAGGACAGAGUUACAGCAUCACUAACAUCAGCUCUGAGGACAGAGGAGAAUAUUACUGUGAGGCUGAGAAUAAAUAUGGACGUCUCAAUUCUUCUUCUGUGUCUGUGGACGUUCAGUGUAAAUACACCUAA